AUGGAUGGUGCUACUGAAAAUUGUGCUUUGAAUGCGAAUGAUCCUACUGUACCUUCUAAUCAAAAUGGUAAUGGCAAUAAUAAUGGUAAUGCUACUGCUACUGCUACUGCUACUGCUAAUGGUUCUGGGAAUGAUGCGUUGAAUAAUGGAAAUGAAAAUGUUGAAAUAAUUCUGGAUGAAGAUCGUAAAUUGACUUCUGAUGUCUGGCCACAUUUUGUGAGGGUGAAGUUUAAUGUGGAGAUUAAAGCCAAGUGUAAAUACUGUCGAAAACGUUUAGGUGGUGAUACUAGUAAUGGAACCUCCCACCUGAGGAACCAUUACAAAACUUUCACCCAAAUAAAGAUACAUGAUGGUAGGCAGAGAGUUCUUGGUCCUGAUUAUAAACCAACUGGAAAAUCCCUCCUAUCUGCUACUCAAUUCAAUUCUGAUAUGUCUAGGAAGGAAUUGUGCUCUAUGAUUAUGGUGCAUGAGUAUCCCCUGAACAUUGUUGAACACUUGGGGUUUAAACGUUUCUGUUGUUCUUUGCAACCCCAGUUCACUGUCCCUUGUAGAAAUACAGUGAAGAGGGACAUAUUUGCUUUAUACGGGGUUGAAAUGGCAAAGCUUCAGAAGGUUUUAGAUGGUAAUAUUGGUAGAGUUGCAGUCACAACUGAUAUGUGGACUGCAACUAACCAAAAGAUGGGGUAUAUGGCGGUUACUGGGCAUUUUAUUGACAAUUCUUGGAAACUUAAAAACAUGAUGUUGAGCUUUGUCUAUGUCCCUGCCCCUCAUACUAGUUAG